AUGGGAAAGAAAACGGUGGCAUCUGCCAGUAAGAGCAAGGAAAAGCGUCAAGCUAGAAAGCUUGAGCAGCGUCGAAUAGCGGACGGCAUGUCGUAUGUAACUUCUGCAAAUAGACUUAAAGACCUGGCGCCUUUGUGCAAAGAGUUGCUUGUGUAUUCAAACAAAGACUUAGAAAUCGAUAUGUAUAUACAAAGAGUGACUGAACUUAACAGAAGUGUACUGGAUUGGGCUAUAGACCUUACAGAAAGGAAUAUGAAAAGGCUGUAUGAGACAUGCGCAUGGGGUUGGAACAGAGAUCGUAAAGUUGAAGAAAUGACCGAUGAUGCUGCCUGGUACCUGAUAGCUAAGGAUAAAGAUAAUGCGUUACAGGCCUUCUCACAUUUCAGAUUUGAUAUGGACUUUGGAGACCCUGUACUUUACUGUUGA